GUGGCAGCGGCUGGCUGCGGCAGCUGUAUCGGCGGGCGGGGCUGGCUGCUGCAGCGGUGAGGGAGGAGGAGGAAGAGAAGCGGAAUAUGGCGGACGGCGUGGACCACAUCGAUAUCUACGCCGAUGUGGGAGAGGAGUUUAACCAGGCCCCGGGAGCUGGAGAACAAGGAGCCCGAGUCCCUCGUAGCGUUGUGGCGUUUGUGUGGCGCUCCCCCUCCCGCUCGCCUUCAUUUCCCUUGAGAUGAGAAAGGCUGGAAGACGGCGGCGCGAACAAGCAGCAGCCGCUUCCCCGGAGGCGUCGAGAGAGAUGUGUGCGAGAGGCGAAACCUCUCCCCUCCAGGAAGCAGAAUAUGGUGGGCAUGAUCAAAUAGACUUGUAUGACGACGUCAUUUCUCCAUCUGCCAAUAACGGCGAUGCACCAGAGGACCGUGAUUAUAUGGACUCUCUCCCACCCUCUGUUGGAGAUGAUGUAGGCAAAGGAUCAGCACCAAAUGUUGUCUACACAUACACCGGAAAGAGAAUUGCACUGUAUAUUGGAAAUCUUACUUGGUGGACCACAGAUGAAGAUUUAACUGAAGCAGUUCAUUCACUUGGUGUAAAUGAUAUUCUGGAGAUAAAAUUUUUUGAAAACCGUGCUAAUGGUCAGUCGAAGGGGUUUGCUCUUGUAGGUGUAGGAUCUGAAGCCUCAUCCAAAAAACUAAUGGAUCUGUUGCCUAAAAGAGAAUUGCAUGGUCAAAAUCCUGUUGUAACUCCAUGUAAUAAGCAGUUUCUGAGUCAAUUUGAACUGCAGUCAAGGAAAACUACACAGUCAGGGCAGAUGUCAGGAGAAGGAAAAGCUGGUCCUCCAGGGGGUGGUUCACGGGCAACAUUCCCACCAAGUAAUAGAGGGAGGGGUCGUUUUCCUGGUGCCCUACCUGGUGGGGACAGAUUUCCUGGACCAGCUGGACCAGGAGGACCACCUCCACCCUUUCCAGCUGGACAGACUCCUCCACGUCCGCCAUUAGGUCCUCCUGGCCCUCCAGGCCCUCCAGGUCCUCCACCACCUGGCCAGGUUCUCCCUCCUCCAUUAACUGGUCCUCCCAAUCGCGGUGACCGCCCUCCUCCUCCAGUUCUGUUUCCUGGACAGCCCUUUGGCCAGCCUCCAUUGGGUCCACUCCCCCCUGGUCCUCCACCUCCGGUUCCAGGAUAUGGCCCACCACCAGGCCCUCCACCCCCACAACAAGGUCCUCCUCCACCUCCAGGCCCUUUCCCCCCUCGUCCACCUGGUCCACUAGGGCCACCUUUGACACUGGCUCCUCCUCCUCACUUGCCUGGGCCACCACCUGGUGCUCCCCCACCAGCCCCACACGUGAAUCCAGCUUUCUUCCCCCCACCAGCCAACAGUGGUAUACCCACAUCAGACAGCCGUGGUCCACCACCGUCAGACCCAUACGGCCGACCUCCACCAUAUGAUAGAGGUGAUUAUGGGCCACCAGGCAGGCGUUUCACUGGAAAUAACAUGUCCAUAAGAGAACAAUUACAUAUGCCAUUGUAUUGGAGACAAUCGAAAAAUAAUACUCAAAACGCAGGGAGAGAAAUGGAUGCUGCAAGGACACCUUUAAGUGAAGCAGAAUUUGAAGAAAUCAUGAAUAGAAAUAGGGCCAUCUCUAGCAGUGCCAUUUCAAGAGCUGUUUCAGAUGCCAGUGCUGGAGACUAUGGAAGUGCUAUAGAAACGUUGGUGACUGCAAUUUCUUUAAUUAAACAAUCCAAAGUGUCGGCUGAUGAUCGUUGCAAAGUACUUAUUAGCUCCUUGCAAGAUUGCCUUCAUGGAAUUGAGUCAAAAUCUUAUGGUUCUGGGUCAAGAAGACGUGGAGCCGCAUCGAGAGAGUAGGACCGUUUGCUGUACAGCAGGUCAAGGAGAAAAAGCAGUACCACAAAUCGGUGAAGUCGAUCGCCAUGAUGAUUAUCGAAGCAUACCGGAAAGAAGCCUAUGAACGUGGAGAGAUUAUCAAAAAAAUCGCACCGUGAUAGAGAUCGUGAUAGAGAGCGAGAUCGAGAACGAGAGUAUCGUCAUCGUUAAAGGAGCUGAAGGAAGAGGAGCACCUCAACAGACAAGAAACUUCAUGGAAAAAGGCUUGUCCAGCAGUUUGCUUCAUGCGAUCGAUCAGAGCCUGUAAGGAUUCAUGGAUAAAAUGAACAGGAAUAGAUCUGAAUAAGGCAAAUCUGCAUACAUGGUAACCAGUAGCUCUCUUACAUUUUUAUGUUGCUUAGCUGUUUUAUUUGAAGGAAACUGUGUGAUUUAAAACAUAUAGCUUCUUGCAACUUUAUUACUGGUUAUAUACGUUUGAAAAUUAAAAUGUGCAAGCAAUGGAAAAAAGUCAAGUAAAUGCUUGUUUUUAUAGUAGUUGGUUCUUGUUUAAAUGUUCAUAUGAUAAUGUCUGUAAAGAGCACCAAAUUGAUUGCAGUAGAUGUAGUGUUGUAAUAAACUGUUUAAUGGGGCUGAUGUGUAAAGCUGUUCAAGUUAUUUGAUGUUUACACCUCAGGGAGUGUCUUGUGUUCAGCAAUAUUUGAUGGUGUUGUCUCUAACAAAACAUUGCAUACUUUUUGCAUAUGCAUCAACCUGUUGUAUCUAAAUAACUGGCAUUUGUGUCCAGCACAUGAUAUUGAUACUAGAGUAGUGGUUCCUUUAAAAAUAUGUAGUCUUUCUGCAUAGAUGACUUGUGAACUUGCUGAAGGUGUGUAAAACUGUAAAAACUGUAGAUUAACAUUUUGUGAUCUGAGUAGACUGAGCUUUCUUUUAAGAAAAUGGAAGUCUGAAAUUGAGUUGUAGUAUGCUACUGCCUGCUUAUUACAAUAUGCAACACUAAAAAGUUUAUUCAGACAUACUGUUGACAAAAUAAUUGGUCAGUUGCAAAUGAUGUUGCAGUGUUUUACACAUUUCCCUAUGUUUUAUCUGCUAUCACAGGCAAGUCUGUACACAUAAUUGUACAUUGGUUAAAAAUGAUGGAAGAUAAAUGCUCCUCUGAUGGACAGCUGCAUUCUAAAGAGUUGUCCCAGUUACAGAAUCAUGUGAUUGGCAGGGAGUUCGAAUGGAAUGCAAAUGAUUGAAAACUGACAGUUGAAGGUAACAGUUAACUGACAGAGUAGAGACAGAUUAUAUGAAUCAUCUUUAAACAAUAGGUUUUAAAUAGGAGUUGGAAAUGUAUAGACACUUUCCCAGUUUUCUCCUUAAACAGGGUUGGGAUCACUCUUUUCCUUAGAGCUAUUAUAAAAUACUUGGGAUCACCCUCUCUAUAAUAGAGUUAUUUCCCUUUGUGGAUCCUACUUUAUCCUGAAACCAGUGUGUCCCUCUCAUUUCAAAGGAAUCCUUUACAGACAGCUUCAGCUCACUGAGCUGCCUCCAUUCUGUCUAGUAGUCUUCUCCUUAAACUGUCAGUUUGCAACUGUUGUCCUUGACAUUCCAUUCAAACUCCCUGUCAGUCACAGGGUUCUAUGACCCAGACAGCUCCUUAGAAUGCAGCAGCCAUUGCAGUUCUCCUUCCUCCCCCCUUUUAAAAUCAAGAUUUCUAAUGGAUGGGGGGGGGGGGCUUUAAACUACAAAAUUGGCACUCACAACUGUAUAAAAGAAAGAUACAUUUUGAGUGCGUUCCUUAACACACAAAGACCUAAUAUUCUUAGUGAUUGGGGUUUUGCAGGUUUUUCCUAAACAGAUUGUUUAAAGUUGGAUAAAACAUCUAAUCUAUGUCAUAACAUAACUAAAUAAAUUAUUUUGGCUUUUUAAUCAUGUAUGAUAAAACCAUAUACCAUACAUUUUAUUUUAAAAUUGCCUUUAAAAUAAAAAAACAAAAAUAUACUCAUUGGAAAAAUGCUUUUAGAAAAUCCCAGAUUUUUCUGAUACAAACAUACAAACUUUAACAUUUUAUAAUUAUUUCAAGACAUCAGUUUAUAACAUUUUCAUUUAUCUAUGAUUCAAAUGAUUAUAGGAACUGAAUCUACAGUUUAAUAUUAACUUCAAAUGAAUAAUAAUAGUCUGUAAUAUUUAGUAAAACAACUGAGAUGCAUAAUGUUUACUCAAGACAUGAAUGAAGGCCAUAUGAUUAACUAUACUUUACAGGGAACUGUAACCAAUACCAGCUUCUUUAUAUGUAUAAGAGAUGUGAUUACACAAAACAUUCUCACUUUUCAAAAUCUGUUUAGGCAUAUAACUGAAAGAAGUAGGUUAGGAUCCUUAAGAACUGUAAACAGAGUUAUACGUGUAAAGCAGAAUUCUCACAUCCUACCUGUAGACCUUAUAUAUCCCCAAAAGCCUGCUCUUGAAAGCUGGGGAGCCCUCCUGAUGGUGUUUAGGGCACUAUAAGUGUUUGCAGCUGAGGACAGUGAAGAGAGAUCAGGGAAAAUGAGGUAUAAUGAGGUAUUUGCUUUUUUUUUUCUUGUGCAUGAAGAAGAGCUUUCCACUCACUCUAUGGCAUCAUUGGACCCAUGCCAUAAUGUGUGAAAUGACCCUGAGGUUAUACUUUUGCUACAGUUGGGAUCCCUCGAAUUAUUGUCUCAGAAGGCUAAAUCCUAUACAACAAAAGGCUGCAGUUAUCAGCUUUUUAUCUGUACAGUUCAGGCCAAUGCAGUUGGUUUGCCCGGUUUCUGAACACUGGUUUUUUUUUCUGAAUUAUGUAACUAGAGUGUGAACUGUUCAGUAUUUGAAUGUUUUGAAUCAUUAUCUUUUAAUAUGAAACUGGUUUUUUUAUUUUUGUACACUUGGGGUUUCUUGGAAGCCAUUCCUGCUUUAUGAAUAUGUUCUGUUUAUCACACUUGGAAUGUGAAGUUUAAUACUAUUUGGGGAUGGAUUUUGCAGUUUGCUAUCUAAGGAUGAAAAUUCCUGAACUCACUUUAGCCUCUGGCAUGUUUAUGCACUGAAGGAUGGUUCAGAAGCUGAAAUGAAUCAAAGACAAAAUCAGGAACUCCUGGUUCACCUUUUUAUUUUUGCUCUGGGGUAAAAUGAUGAUGCUAUACAGAGGUAGGCAAUGGCAAACCAUCUCUACUGGGUUGCUGUAAGUUGGCUCUGACUUGACAGCACUUUACACACACAAAAGCAUUUUUUCCUUUGUUACAGGUGACUGAGAAUGCAAAAGCCCCUAGAGUAAUUUGAAUGGUUCAAGAUAAUCAUCAAAUGGGAUGUAGAUGCAACAUCCUGGAAUUGUUUAUCUAUUUAGAGUAGGUGAUUGUCCCAACUCUGAGAAAUCCAAUGUCGUAUUAUUUCUCAUUAUUGUGUGGGGAUGGGACGGGGGGGGGGGGGUGAUGGCAAAGCAACCUGGAUUACGGUGCUAAACCUGAAGAAAUCACAGGUAAGUUAGAUUGUACAUGCAAUUAAGUUGUUAUUUCAACAAUAGCUUCAAAUAUUUGGGAACCAAAAUUAAAAUUUUAAACCAUAAUUCUGUUUUAUGGAACAUACAUUGUAGAUUUAGUUAUUGAACAGGGGUAAUACUAUUAGGUGCAAAUUAUCCUACAUUUUUCUUCAACAGAUGUACCAUUGCUGGCAAUGGAUCUGCCUCCCCUUCCCCAAUCUUAUAAAUGAUUUUGGUAGUUUUUUUAUAUGUGUAGAAUGACCUUUUAUAACAAGUAGUAAGCAAUCCUGAUCUAGAUGUCUUUGGAGUAAUGUUUUUCAAUACUUUUUAAAAGUCCAAAGAUUUUUUAGGCACAUGGAAGAAAAUGUCAGAAAGCAUUCCAUUUAUGAUUAGGUCUUGAGAAAAAUCAGAAUAUCUCCAGAUUAGUAAAGAUUGCUAAGAAUUUUCCCGAGCUCUCUUGGGAGAUACAUACACGAAUCAAUAAACUGAAGUCUGGGAAAUGUCUUAACUGCUACUGAAUUGUAUGUUGGUGAUAAACUGUAUUUAAUUUGCUUCUUUUAGGGAAAUGUUAAUAACUUGCAGGAAAGUACCUGGUAAUGCUGUAUGUAGGCUUUUCUAAGUAAAAACUAUAGCAUUUUGUGGACUGUGUUUUAUUUCAAUUCUAUACUAAGUUAAUGAUACUAAUUGCUGGAGUGCUUCUAGAAAAGCCAUUUCAAAUUGACUACUGGAGAAAUGUGUGCUGCCUUCUGCUUUCAUUCCCAUUUUUAACUGUUCUAAUAGCUUGCACACUACACCUCAAACCGGAUGGCCUACUAAAUGAAUGUUGCAUUGCCCAUUUAUUACAUGAUAAUUUUGGACUUCAAAUUGAUUUAGACUUCAAAUGUUUAGACUUUGGAGUGAUCUUGAGGGGCAUUAUGAUUAGUUUGGAACUGUUAAGAUUCAAUGUUAGGUGUCUUUAUUCUGAGUCACAGUGGUUAGUUGCAUACUUAAGUCUUGCAUUUUUCCCAUCAGAUAAGUGCUGCAAGUUUUUAAUGUUGUAUGUAUUGACUUUAGUUUUGAAAAUGCCAUGUAAAUAAUGGACUAUUUCAUUUUUCACUCAUGUACAGUUUAACCGUACUUUCCAAGUUUUAUAUAUAGGCUCUCAGUCACAUUGUUUAUUUGGCUGAUAUAGAAUGCUGUACAGAACAGAUAGCCUUAAAAUGCAGCUUUUAACAUUAUGGCAUCCUCUGUAAAAUGUACAUUUUAAUAAGAUUUCAAUUGUUUGUGAAAUAAAGUCUUGGAAGGAAGUCGGUAGAAAAAAACUGUAGAGUUCUUGAAAUAAAAAUAUUAAAAUUUUCUGAUGGGGUGAGCAGUAGCAAUAUUGAUUUCUAAGCGCAAUUUAUGGUAUUUUUAACAAGCAUGUUAAGGAUGUUUUACAUGCUUAUUUUCUAAAAUACCGUAAUAUUGGAACAAACACAUCUAUGGGUUUGGGAAAUCUGUGUCCACAAGUUCAUUUCUCUAUUUCAUCUCAGGCUGGUUUCUUUCCUUAAAGUUAACUCUGGGUUUGUCCAUUGAAACAAGGUUAUUGUACCCAUGUGAGCUCGCAUAGCAUAUAAUUUCUAAAAGUAAAAGUUUAAUGAUGGCUUUUAUUUAUUUAUUUGCACUUCAGAUCCAGUUGUAAGCCUGACAGAUAUAAAACUAAAUACUUCUUUAUGACCUAUGUAUUUAUUCCUCCCCCCCUUCCCCAGUAAUCUGGUUUCAGAACUGAAAACUGAUCCAGAUGAAUAUUCUAUAUUCAGAUUCUAUUUCCCUAUAAUGCUGAAUGCUAGGAAUUUUGUUUAGUUUUGAUCAUUUCUUGUUUUGCCUUUCUAUGUAACAUGGCUGCAAAUUGUAACAUUUGAAUAAUUGCCUCUUUGCAGUCACCAAGGAUCAUUUGUAGAUGUUAAGCAUCAUCUCCUAAGGCUCUAGCUGGAACAUUAACUUAAAUGACCACUGAAAGAAGUAUACUGUAUAUAGUUAACUUCUGUGGAAAUUACUUUUGUAUAAGAACACUGAGUCAAUGCAACAACAGUCUUGCAUUCUACAUUGAUGGGUUUGAAGAGAUCUGCUCAAUAUUUUCCUUAAUAGCUUGAUUUUCUAAAUCUAAAUCAAUGUUUACUGAUUACAAGUAGAUUUAAUUUAAAAUAUUUUCUGCCCUUUUUGUGAGAAUUUCUUGUAGAAUGCCUGCAAGCAAAGUACUUUUCGUUAGAGGUUUUCACAUGAUUUUGGCUUAGUUUUUGCUAUGUUGCCUAGCAUUUUGUUUACCAAUCUGCGUAGCUACUAAAUUACUGGUUAAUUAGUUGUGAGUUGAUUUUUCUAAUGGCUUUCUAAACUAGUGGCCCACAGAUCAAUUUGUAUAAUGUUGAAUUUCUGGACAUUGAUAUCUUCACAAGGUAAGAGGGGUCAUAUUUACACUUGUGACUUAAAAGGCCUAAUCUGCCUUUAAAUGUGGUUCAUCAAAACUUUCCAUAUUGAUACUUUUAAUCCUUUGAUUUUAUUACCUUUCUUUCCAGCCUUUAGGUGAUUGUUAAGAACUUGCUGUCCAACUUUUUGUUCGUUUUUAAACUGCUAAAGAAGUUACAUUGUAUUGAAGAAAAAUAAAUUACAUUUUAAUGGAA